GACGGACGAACACCGAGACGCUGCGACCAUCCCCCAUCCCCGCCCCAGUGCCGCGGUAGCUCGCUCCACACCUCCCGUCCAGCCACCCCUCGCCCGGGUGCCCGCCGUGCCCGGUCCCAGACCUCCGGCUGCUCGGCCCCCGGGUUCGCCAUGCGCUCCACCGCUGUCCUGGCGCUUCUGCUCUGCGCCGGGCAAGCCAUCGCCCUCCCUGUGAACAGCCCGGUGAAUAAAAGGGACACAGAGGUGAUGAAGUGCAUCGUUGAGGUCAUCUCGGACACGCUCUCCAAGCCCGGCCCCAUGCCCGUGAGCCAGGAGUGUUUCGAGAUCCUCCAAGGAGAUGAACGGAUCCUCUCCAUCCUGCGACAUCAGAAUUUGCUGAAAGAGCUCCAAGACCUUGCGCUCCAAGGUGCCAAGGAGAGGGCGCAUCAGCAGAAUAAACACAGCAGCUUUGAGGAUGAGCUCUCAGAGGUUCUUGAGAAGCAGAAUGACCAGGAUGGGCUGAAGGAGGGGACAGAAGAGGCGUCCUCCAAAGAUGCUGCGGAGAAAAGGGGGGACUCCCGCGAGGCGGAGAGGAACGGCGGAGACACAGACAGAGCCGGGCCCCAGGCCUCCCCAGAGCCUGGGCAGAGGCCCACGGUUGAGGAGGACGACCAAGCCCCAGGCGAGGAGGAGGAGGCCACCAACACCCACCCCCCAGCCCGCCUCCCCAGCCAGAAGCACCCAGGCCCUCAGGCCAAGGGGGACGGCCAGGGCCCCUCCGAAGGUGUGGUAGACAGAGAGAAGGGCCUGGGUGCAGAGCAAGAGCAGCAGGCAAAGAGGGAAGAGGAGGAGGAGGAGGAGGAGGAGGAGGAGGAGGAGGACCCAGAGGCUGGAGAGAAGGCCGUCUCUGAAGAAGAAGGCCCCACCACAGCAUUUGACCCCCAUCCGAGCCUCGGCUACAAGGAGGCCCACAGGGGCGAGAGUCAGUCCAAGGCUCUGGCUGUGGAUGGAGGUGGGAAGACUGGGGCUGAGGAAGCUCAGGAGGGGGAGCGGGAGCGGUCCCAGGAGGAGGAGGAGGAGGAGGAGGAGACGGCAGGGGCACCUCUAGGCCCCUUCCAGGGCGGGAAGAGCAGGGAGCAGCAGCAGCAGCAGCAGCAGGAGGAGCGGUUCUCCAAGGAGUGGGAGGAAGCCAAGCGCUGGAGCAAGAUGGACCAGCUGGCCAGAGAGCUGACGGCCGAGAAGCGGCUGGCAGGGGAGGAGGAGGAGGAGGAGGAGGACGACAACGACCCCGACCGCUCCAUGAAGCUCUCCUUCCAGGCCCGGGGCUAUGGCUUCAGGGGCCCCGGGCUGCAGCUGCCUCGAGGCUGGCGGCCGUCCCCCCAGGAGGACACCGUGGAGGCAGGCCUGCCCCUCCCGGUGCGCGGCUACCCAGAGGAGAAGAAGGAGGAGGAGGGCAGCGCCAACCGCAGACCGGAGGACCAGGAGCUGGAGAGCCUGUCGGCCAUCGAGGCAGAGCUGGAGAAGGUGGCCCACCAGCUGCAGGCGCUGCGGCGGGGGUGAGGUGCCAGCUGGCCCCCCGGCCAGGGCCCCGAGGCACCCUGCGGUCCUGGCUCUGCUGUCCCCUUUGCAGGGCCUGGCCAGUUGCCCUGCACCCUGCUUCCGGUAGGGAGGCAGCCCCAGCCUGCCCUCGCCCAGGCCACCCUGUUGUUCCCACACUCCUUUCUUCCUGCUCUCGACCCCAGUGCGCCCCUCUGCAGGGCAGAGCCCUACCACUUUAAACAAUGAUCCUCUCUCUGAACACAGGAAGCUUUCUAGAAGUUUUCCUUCCACAUCAGAGCCAUUGGGCACAAUUGCAAUAACUCCCGACCUUUUGGUGAAAGCUGAGAA